CAAAUGUGUAACCCUAAAAGUUGGCUAAAAGUUCUAAAACUAUUCAUCCGAUGAAGUUCUUCUGGUCUCUCUUCUCCUCUCGCGCCCAGACAUCUUCUACCGUAACUCAACUACUCAAGUAGCGAUGGCGUGAUACUCACAGUAGAAGAGGGCGUCCAAGUAGCUUGUCUAUCUCGAGCUUCUCCCCCAUUACAACCCGCUUCAAUUAGACUAGGUAUUCGUUUCAUCAAGCAUGUCUACAUAAGAUGCAUCCAUUCAACUAAAUCCACACACCCCAAGCAGUGUAGUUGUUGAAAGUAAUGAGCUACAAGAACAAAGUGAUCAAGUUGAAAGAAUAGAACCAACUGUAGCUAGCCAUAGAACUUCACAAAAUGCUGAAGAAGAGGAGUUUCAAAUAAAGAAAAGGAAAAAGACUUCUCAUGUAUGCGAUGAUUUUGAAGUUGUCAUGGUAAAAGGGGUUAACAAAGCGAUGUGUACUCAUUGUUCACGCCAUUUUGCAUUGAUUAAAAUGGGUACCACAACUAGCUACAAGAGGCACCUGAAGAAUUGCGUGCAGAGAAAAUUGAAACUCAAGGUUGUUAUUAUGGAUAAAUGAAAUCAUGGACAUGCAACAACAGCAGCAACUUGUUGUUUAGCAGACUCAUAGCUCUGGUCUUUUGGAAUGUCAAGACCCUUGAACACCGGGCUGUCAACUCCAAGUACCAAGCAUUUCAGCCGUUAUUGACAUACAUAACUGACCCCAUUAUGGCUGAAGCCAACGGUGAUGCCAGAAAAGACCAUGUACACCCGUUGCAGACUGCUCUCAAAGAUAUUUAGAGCUGGAACCCAUGUACCAACAAGAAUUUCAGCACCUGCAGAUGCAAAAGAUUUUGUUAUUUCCCAUCCGUAGCCAUUAUCAUCAGCUACAUAAGCAAUAUAUUAUUAAAUCUACUUCCCUAUCUUUACAGCCAACUAACUUAUUUCACUUAUGGCUUUUUGUGUACAAACUGGAGAAACAAACCAAAUUGACUUUUUCACCGUGCGAUGGAGCUGCGCCAUCACUUCCUCCUUUACAUCCUGGAAAGUUCGACAUGGCACAAAUGAGGGAAUCAGCGGCACAUUGGACAAUGAUGCAUGAGCAUCCUUUUAGCAUUGUAGAAGAAGGAUUUAACCGCAUGAUGAAACGAGGAAUGCCCGAAUGGAAAAGAAUCGGUAGAAACAACCAUAAGACAGAUUGCAUGAAGGUUUAUGAGCUUGAGAAGAAGAAGUUAAAAAAGAAUCUGGAAGGAAUUAGUAAGAUAAGCUUGACAACAGAUUGUUGGAAAUCAAAAACUCAAAAGAUUGAGUAUAUGGUUGUCACUGGACAUUGGAUUGAUUCUUCUUGAAAAUUACAAAAGAGAGUCUUGAGCUUCAUCAACAUUCCACCGCCAAGGGGAGGUCUUCAAAUUUCUGAUUCUUUAUUCAAGUGGAUGAAAGAGUGGGGAAUCGAGAACAAAGUUUUUACUGUCACGGUUUAUAAUGCUACAAGUAACGAUUCUGCAAUUUGUUAUAUGAAGAAUACAAUCCAAAUGUCAAGAAAGUUGGUUUGCGAUGGAAUCUUAUUCCAUGUUCGCUGUUGUGCUCACAUUUUAAACUUGUGUGUUCAAGAUGGGCUAGAUGAGAUUCGUCAUAUUAUUAGUGAAGUCAAAGACAGUGUUGAAUAUAUUAAUCGCUCAGAGGCAAGGAGGAUUCAAUUUGCUAAUUGUGUGCACCAAUUGCAAAUUUGCAAUUGAAAGAUAGGAAGUUGAUUUAUGAUAGCAAAACUAGAUGGAACUCAACUUUUGAAAUGCUAAGUUGUGCGCUCAAGUUUAAAGACGCUUUUAGGAUGCUAAGUGAUCGUGAUUCGAGGUAUACUAGCUGUCCUCUUGAAGAGGACUGGGAAAAGGUUCAAAAAAUUAGUUCGGUGUUGGAGGUAUUUUAGACAGCGACACAUAUAGUUUCAGGCAGUGAUUAUCCUACUUCGAAUUUGUUCUUGAAAGAAGUCCAAAAAAUCAAAUCAUCUUUGGAUGCCAAUUCAAGUCACAAGGAUUCUUUCAUUUGGGAGUUAGUUUGCAAAAUGAAACUAAAGUUUGAUAAAUAUUGGGGCGAGUGCAACUUAUUGAUGGCCAUAGCUGUGGUGUUAGACCCCACAAAGAAAUUGCUUGCAAUCGAGUUUUGUUUUCCUAAAAUGUUUUCGUCGGAGGAAGCUGGACAAAAUAUUUCAAAAGUGAAGAAGACUUUGACUUCUCUUUAUGAAGAGUAUGUUGCUGAUUCGGUGAACAAAGGGAAUACUUCUUCAAUAUAUUCUGAAAGAUGUGGUUCUUCAAGCAAUCUUCAGACUACUAAAAGUUCUGCCCAUGUUUGGGAUGACGAACUUGAAUCAUUUUGUGCAGAAGUCGAGACUGUAGAGCCUAUAAGAUCUGAACUUGUAGAUUACCUAGAUAAGAGUCGCCUCAAGAAGAGUGAAAUUUCUGAAGACUUUUCUUGUUUGGACUGGUGGUGUAUGAACCGGAUACAGUAUCCAAUACUCGCACAAAUGGUUACAGAUAUUUUUUCCAUUCCAGUUACAAGUGUGGCUUCCGAAGCCACUUUUAGUGCAGGUACAAGAGUUAUUGAUUCUUAUCGUGCAUCAUUGUUACCUAAAACGGUUCAAGCUCUCCUUUGUGGAGGAGAUUGGCUUCGACGUAUGUAUGGGAUAAUGAAAAAGAAAACUAGCAAGGGUAACUUUUCUCUGGCAAGGGUGUUUGCUGUUAAUACAAUCCGGAUGACAAAAUACAUGGAACUUGGAGUUGAAAAGCACGUUUGAAUGCCCAAAGCUUUUCUUUACUCAAUUUCCUUUUUUGCUCAAAGAACUAUAACUAGUGGUUAUUAUUUUUUGUAUUGGAGUUUAGAACAACCGUUGUGAACUUGUGAUAUUAAACUAGUUAUGGUAUUUAAAACUCAUGUUUGGAUAUUUUAGUGUACAUCAUAUUUUUGUUUUAAUAUACAAAUUUGGUUAUUUUAUUUGGUUUUCGAGCAUAAGCUUGACUUUGCGAAUGUGAAAAUUCUAGCCUACCGAGCCCAACGAGCCGAGCUCAAACCAUAUGAAAUAUUGAUGAGCCAAACUCGAUCCCAUAUUAUUACACUAGUUCGAGCUCGAGCUCAAGUUCAAGUCAGUAUAAUUAUUUCGAGCUUGAGUUCGAGCAUACCCCAGAUCGGGCUCGGCUUGAAUACACCCCUAGUGACAAGUGGUUAACUGUGUUGCAGGUUCAGAGGGUCAGCAGUAACAUGAUGAGUAGCUCCAGAGUCUGGAUACCAAGUUUGAUUCUGUGGAGCAGGUCCUAGAAUGGAAGGAGUAGCACUAGCUCAAGAUGCAAUAGGAGAUGAAGCAUAUGACUGUUGAGAAGCUGAAGGAUAAGGCUGUGAAGUUGAGGCAUUGUAGGAUUGUAUAUGAGGUGAGGUAUAUGGUUGUGGUUCCCAGUGAGGAAAAUGUGAAGUAGGAGGUGGAGUAUUGAAUUGGUUGGGAGGAAAUCUUGGUUCUUAAGGAGCUGGUGUAGGAUUAGAAGGCUGAUAGUUUGAAUAAGGAUUGUAUUGGUUAUUUGAAGAAAUAUUGUAAGAAGGAUUGUCUUGCUUUAGCGAGGAUAUGAGACUUAAAAUAUCUAUCGAUCUCACUCCACAGUUGAUGCGAGAAUCUACAGUGAAUGAAGCGAGCAUUGAAGGAUUCAGAGAGCGAGGCUAGCAACCACGAAAACAACAUCUGAUUUUGUUGCUCCCAGAUAGCAUACUCUUCAUUGACGUUUCCACUUGCUUCAUCAUUAUCAGAAUUGUACUGCUUCGGAAUCACUGGUCUUACAAUGAAUCGCAGUAGUUUAUGCGCUCGAACAACUGAUUCCACAUGAUGCUUCCAGAAGAGAAAAUUGUUCGCAUCAAGUUUGAUCAGAAGAGCAUGUGCGAAGGUUACGAUAGAACUGGAAUUGCUAGAAUUGACAGUAGAGUGUGAAGAAUCAUCAGAAAUUGCCAUGGAUCGAGCUAAAGCUCUGAUACCAUAAUAGAAAGUAAACAGAUAGAAAGAGAAAGAAGAAGCUGAAUGAUAUUAUCGUAGUUCUCUGACG